AUGCAGUUCCUCCUCCUCGCUGCAACUUUGAGUCUCGGUGCAAGAGCUCUGGCUUCCCCUGCACCGGUUUCUAACAGUAUGGAGUCGCGGGCUUAUCAUUGGCAUGGUUGUGGCGCCGGUAUUGAGUGCCAUUCUGCCAGUGACUGUUGGGCGUCCGAGGAUUGCGUGCAGACUGCCCUCGGCAGCACCGCCAAUAUCCACUGUGGACAAGAUGGUUACCCCACGGCUUGCUGGGCGGAUUGGACCGAUUAG